GAAUGAUAAUUGCUUUACUUUAUGCCCUACUAGAAACGACAUUGUAUUAUCAUUCUUAUGUCACUUUCACUUGAUCAGUGUGCGUUGGAGUAGGGGAGCUGCCUGGAAAUGCUAUAAUUGGAUAGCGUAAUCGUUUAUGGUACAGUUUGGAUUAUGUGCAUGUGCACUAUUUAGAUGUGCAUGUGCAUCUGUUUAGAUGAUAGAGAAUGGACUAUUUGAUAAUUGAUAUGAUUAUAUAAAGUAUGUUUAGUCAUUUCAAUUAUGACAUACGAAAAUUUGACAUUUGAAACAUGGAUUUGCCGAAUGUGAUUAUUUAUAUUUUACUCAACUAUGUAUUCGUGUCAAUACACUGUGAGGCGCUGGUACAAAACUGUCUUUACGAAAAAUCAAGCAAUCCUAUUGACACUCGACGGCAGGUAAUGGUAUCCGCACCCUCUAUUGGACACUGUGCAUUACAAUGUACGAGUCACGCAGAGUGCUGCGAGUACCUUUGGAAUAAAACGUCAGCGGAUUCACAAACUAGCUGUGUGCUCCUGUUGAUGUGGGGUGCCAGUCUUUCGGUAGAUGAUAUAACCGUUGAGGCACUAGUCGGGGAAGGGGUUGGCCAAUGGUCUCUUUAUAAUAAAAAUGGAAAUCAGAGAGUUACCGAAACAGGUUGUCCUAAGACUCGAUGUGAAGGACUGACUACAGUAAUAGGUAACAGUAGAUACUUCUUCGAAUAUAAACGUCUGACAUGGGACGAAGCUCUUGCAAACUGUCAAGAAAGAGGCAUGGAGCUUGUGUCCAUUGAAAACACCAUAUCCCCCGAGUCAGUUGAGUUUAAUCAGCUUAAAAAGAUCCUGGUGAAGUUUCCGGAUACAUUCCCCUCGAAUGUUGACAUAUGGACCAGCGGCAAUGAUAGAGACGAAGAAGGAAACUGGAGAUGGCACAAAGGAGAUUCAAAUAUCAAAUUCGGUGAGCAAUAUUCCAGUUUGUAA